AUGUGUGUGUAAUGUGUGUGUAAUGUGUGUAAUGUGUGUGUAAUGUGUGUGUAAUGUGUGUGUGUGUGAUAUGUGUGUAAUGUGUGUGUAAUGUGUGUGUGUGUGAUAUGUGUGUAAUGUGUGUGUAAUGUGUGUAUGUGUGUGUGUGUGUAAUGUGUGUGUGUGUGUAAUAUGUAAUGUGUGUGUGUGUGUGUGUAAUGUGUGUGUAAUGCGUGUGAGUAUGUGUGUGUCUGUGUGCAGCGAUGCGUGCGGCUCUGCUCAUUCAGCGCUGGUAUCGUCAGUACGCGGCGCGAUUAGAGAUGCGUCGUCGCUGCACGUGGAACAUCUUUCAGUCGAUCGAGUAUUCUGGAGAACAGGAUCAUAUCAAGCUUUAUAAUUUCUUUGGUUAUUUGAUGGAUCAUUUCACUCCUGCCAGCGAUGAAAAGAAUCUGAUCUGUCAUCUGUUUCGGGAGGCUGAAGUGAGUCAUGAUGUGGAUUUGGAGAGAUGUUUCUAUUAUAAGGACAUUGAUGUUCCAGACAGUUAUGACGGUCCUCGUCUCUCGUUCCCGCUGAGCGUUUCUAACGUCACUGAUCUGGUGCAGGCCUUCAAAAACAAACAAAAGCUUCACGCGCGGUACGUCCUACAGCUGCUGGGGAACACGUGGACGCUGCUGCGAUUGAUGCCAAACAUAAGUCCCGUGUCCACCUGCAAACACAAAGAAAUCACCAUCUGUGGAGAUUUACACGGUCAUCUGGAAGAUCUGCUGCUGGUCUUUUAUAAAAACGGGUUUCCAUCGGCGGAGACGCCGUACGUGUUUAAUGGAGACUUUGUGGACAGAGGAAAAGAAUCCAUCGAGAUUCUCGUGGUUCUGUUUGCGUUCAUGCUGCUGUAUCCACACGACGUUCAUCUGAACAGAGGAAACCACGAAGAUCACAUCGUAAACCUGCGGUAUGGCUUUACUAAGGAAGUUCUUGGCAAAUAUCGGGUUCACGGGAAGAAGAUCCUGAAACUUCUGCAGAAGAUCUUCAGCUGGUUGCCAUUGGCAACAGUGAUCGAUCAGAAAGUUCUGAUUCUACACGGAGGGAUUUCCGACAAGACGGAUCUGAACUUAAUCAGCAAACUGGACCGACAUCGAUUUGUUUCAUCUUUCCAGCCGCUAAAGAGAAGUGGAGCGUCCCUGCGGCUGAAGGAAGUGGCUCUCAAUCAGGACGAGGACAACAUCAGUAUCGGUCGCAGGCGCAUUCAGUCUCUAACUCACAGAACAGCGCUGCGGCACAGACAGGAUCUGCCGCGGCACUCCGUGCAUUCCGAUUCCGGACGAACGGGUCGAUCUGUGGAGGACGAGCUGAGAGAGAAACGCCGUCUGGCCGGACUCAGUCUCUCGUCCAAUUCAGAGACCGAUUCUACUGAACUUCUGGAGACAGACACAGACGAGUGGAAGCAGAUAGUGGACGUCCUGUGGAGUGACCCGAUGUCUCAGAAUGGUUGCGUCCCAAACAAAGUUCGCGGUGGGGGGUGUUACUGGGGGCCGGAUGUCACACAGGACGUGCUGGACAGACACAAACUACAGCUGCUGAUCAGAUCACACGAGUGCAAACAGGAAGGAUACGAGUUCUGCCACAACGGCAGGGUUUUGACGAUAUUUUCAGUCUCUAACUAUUAUGACAUUGGCAGUAACAGAGGCGCUUACAUUCGUUUGGGUCCCGACCUCAUUCCUCACUUCAAACAAUUCCAGGCCAGCCGAACGACACGAGAGCUAACAUUCAGACAGAGUGUGGGGAGAACAGAACGCUCUGCGUUACAGGCCCUGAGGAUGCAGCUGUUUGCCCACAAAUCUGCCCUGAUUCGACAAUUUCAGGAAUACGACCCCAAGUGUACAGGUCUGGUCCUUCUGAACAAUUGGGCAGUUGCGGUGGAGACGGUUCUGCAUCUGAAUCUGCCGUGGAGGGUUUUGCGAUCUCAGCUGGUGACGAGAUGCACACAGGACGGUCUGCUAAACUAUCAGGAUUGGGUUAACGAGCUGUCAAUCAUUCAGUCAAAUACUGAGAUUGCCAACACGAGUCUUCUGGAGACCCUUUACAAACAUCAUUCAAACCUGGAGACCAUCUUCAGAAUGAUUGACACGGAUCAUUCAGGUCUGAUCUCAUUUGAGGAGUUUCAUCAGACGUGGAAACUCUUGAGUUCUCACCUGCAGACGGACAUCAGUGAUAAAGCCAUCGCAGAUCUCGCCGAGAGCAUCGACUUCAACAAAGACGGCAGUAUCGACAUCAACGAGUUCAUGGAGGCCUUUCGACUGGUGGAACAUUGUAGACCUGAGAGAGAACCAUCAGCAAACUCACCGGAGUCACAUCUGCUGCCAUGACAAACAUCUGGCCAAAAAACGAAAUCAAGAAAUCUGUGAGGCUUCACCUGUCGCAGACUGUUAAUAUCACAUGAUGUGAUGAUAAACCUGAUGAGCAGCUAGAGUAUUAUGGGAUGGAUACAACUUCUCAAACAUCUUUCAGACCUUUUACAGCGAGAAAUCAGUGCUGUGGCCAUGUGCGCAGCGUCUCCUUCCCUCUUUACAGGGAAACAGGGUUAGUUGAAACCCUUCCCUCUCAAGUCAGUCACUUUGACACUGCAUCAGUUGCUGAUGCUAUGGGACUUGUAUACCAGCUGCCAUAAUACUAAUACCCGUAGCCAUGUGGAUAUUGAAGCACAAGUUUGUGAACAACAAUAAAACGUUUUUGUAUUUUGGGGGAUACAAACAUGGGGCUGGGGAGAGGAGCAACGAGUGAGUCUGCCAAUGUUUUUAGAAAAAUAUUAAAAAGAAGGUCCCUGCAAAUACUGAGGACAUGAGACUUUAUGUAUUAAGUCUGGCAUAAUUUCACAAAUUUAAAAGUAAAAAGGCAGCAAGCACUGAGCUGACCUCAAAACAAAAGCUCCUCUCUUUACAAUGUUAUUUUCAUGAUUUCUACAACUUAUAAAAUUGAAAAUAAAAGCAAUAUUUUUGAAUAAAACAUGUGAGCCCUAAUGUGUUAUAAAAUAGUUAUACAUUAAUUUUCAGAGGUACCUUUUUA